UUUAUUCUUUAUUUUCGAUUUAUUGAGUUAACAACCUUUAUUUAUUUUUGUAAUUUAACCCAAAGAUGUCAGAAGACUCGGUAGUACGUGUUUUUUUGCCACAAUUUUUAUCGAACAGUGAAAACUUGAAUGAGAAGAUGUUAACAGUUAAAUUUCAACUUCUAAAUCAAAAUGAAGUAGCAAGAUGUCGUCAAGCAGCAAAUAAUCCAAACGAUCCAUUCAAUAUGUCCGUGGCAUUUGAUAGUUUAUCAAUGGAUUAUAAUAGAUAUAGUGAUAUCUUACCAUUUAAUCAUAAUAGAGUAAAGUUAUUACAACAAAGACCAUAUAAAACAGAUUAUAUUAAUGCAAGUUAUAUUGAAGCACCAAAUAAUGUUAGAAGGUAUAUUGCGACUCAAGGUCCGCUGAAUAAAACCAUCGAAGAUUUUUGGUUAAUGAUUUGGGAACGGAAUACCAAUGUCAUCGUAAUGUUAACAAAACAAAUUGAGGAUGGAAAAAUUAAAUGUGAAACUUAUUGGCCUGAAAGUGUUGGAUAUUACGUGAUAAUUAAAGAUAUUGGAUUAAAAAUCACGUUGGAAUCUGAAAUUUUGGAUCAAAGAAUAGAUUGUUAUAUACGUACAUUAAAACUUGAAAAAAUAGGAGGAUUAAACACAGAAUAUAGACAAAUAACUCAAUUACAAUCACUUGCAUGGCCAGAUCAUGGACUACCUAAUUCGCCUGAACCUAUUAUCAAUUUAAUUAUGAAAAAAAAUGAAUAUAUUCAAUAUUAUACUUGUUUAAAUAAUGGAAAUAUUGGACCUACUGUUAUACAUUGUAGUGCAGGAUGUGGUAGGACUGGAACUUUUUGUACAGUGGAUUCUACCUUGGCUUUAUUACCAGAUUUACAACAAAGUGAUCCUACCGAUUUAAUAUUUAACGUUAUUCAACAUCUUAGACAACAACGUAUUUCUAUGGUAGAAUCAUUUGCCCAAUUUCAAUUCUGUUAUUUGGCCGUUCUUAGUAAACUUGUGAAUGAUUUACAUUUAUAAAGUUGCUUAAAUUUAUAUGGGGUUCAUAAUGGCGAAAUAUUUGUAGUAACGUUAAUAUGAUUUGCUGAAUUAUAUUAAAUUACCUUUUUUUUUUAAACACUAAAUAUUAAUCAAUAAUAUUUUUUUAAAAAAUCAAUCACAUAAAUCACAUACAAAGUUAAUCGGUCAUAAUGUCGUCA